ACAAAAUCGUGUAAAGAGCCACAAAUAAGAAUACAUGUUUUUUUUUAUUCUGACAGGUAUUAAUUGUACGAAUCAUAUUUAGAUAAGGUUUAGUAUUGGAUAAGACAAAAUUAACAGCGUUUUUUCCCUUACAAGUUACUUGGACCUUUUGUGUGAUCUAGGAGCGCCUGAGAGUCGAAGGAUGCUGAUGAAAGGUGCUGCUGAAACAAUAGCAGCUAAUGUGCCACCUUAUCCUUUGACCUGGAAAGAACAGCGAGUUGCGGGAAUGUAAACCUGGAGGGGACCUGAUGGUUGCUAUCAAGGGACCUGUCUGAAGCCCAGCACCCAGUGACUUCUUAACCAGUUUCAAAACUCACUUGAAGUCUUUGAGAGUCAAGCGUCCAUCUUCUUGUUCUUGUGCCUGUCUGGAUGGUCUCACCUCCUAGCACAAACGUCACGGCAGAAGAAGAGACAUCCCCCUCACCCCACCAGACACUCAGCCAGCCAACUAUUGUACUAUUAUAGUUCAAGCAAAGGCUAAUUGUUAGUCUUUUACAAAGGGUGCACAGUCCAAUUUUUGGAUGGUAUUUCUGCCUCUUUCUUUCUACUAGGAGAAGAUGGCGCUGCUUGUUGUUUGUGCACUUCUGUGCCUGUUCUGCUGGGCGUCUUUCUACUUCUUCUUGUGCAACGUGAAUGGCUCCAGGAGCUACGAAUGGAACUGCCGGCUGGUCACCUUGGUGCACGGCAUACUGGCCAUUUGCAUCACGGCAUACAUCGGGUAUGUGGACGGACCCUGGCCCUUCACGCAUCCGGGAACUAAGAACACUCCUCUGCAGAUCAGUGCCAUGGUUGUGAGUCUGGGCUAUUUCAUCUUUGACAUGGCCUGGUGUGUGUACUUCCGCACAGAGGGACCUGUUAUGCUGGCCCACCACACCAUGAGCAUCCUGGGAAUCCUGCUCACCCUGUGGCUGGGGGAGUCUGGCAUCGAGUCAUGCGCGGUGCUCUUUGGCAGCGAGAUCACCAACCCCCUCCUGCAGGCACGCUGGUUCCUCAAACAGACAGGACACUACGAGACUCUGCUGGGGGAAGUUGUGGACGUCCUGUUCGUGCUGCUGUUUGUGUUGAUGCGGGUCUUCGUGGGAGGAACAAUGCUGUACUGUGAGCUGAUCUCACCCAGACCGAGAUUCUUCAUCAAGUGUGGAGGAGUGGCGAUGUACGCCUUAUCCUGGGUCUUCAUGGUGGACAUUGUUCGGUUCGCCAGACGGAAGAGUAAGAGCUGGCACAAACAGAGAGUCCUCCGAGAGGCUGCUACAGCUAAUGGUCAUGAAGGGAAGAUGGACUGACUUUAAAAACUACAUUUUAGACCUACAAAGAAAAUCAAAUUCUGUAUUUAGGUUUUGAUUUUAUCAUUUUAUUUUUACACCAUCAAACUGUAAUACACACUCCUUUCUUCAUCUGAGGUCCUGCCACCUAAACCCAUUAGAUCGUUGCUCAAAAAAAAGAUGAAGUUAAGUGACUUAAAAGACGAUCGCUCCAAACCAAAGCACUUUCUGAAGACACACAUUGCUUUCAGCUGCUGUAAACUGUGGCCUAGUCAUAUGUGGUGCUGCUCCAAAAGGGGAGUGUACAGUUAGGAAUGAGACGUUCAGGCCUGGGGUGACGGUGGAAAAGUUGUAGUCACAGAAAAACGUUAGGACGUCUUCUUGUAAUAGGUCAUUUAUUUCUUUCUUUGCACAAGAAACUAAGCAGAUUCAUGUUUACUCAGGGGACUAGAGGAAUAUCAAACAGUUUUGUUGAUUCACACAGUUCAAUCUGGAUUUUUAUUCCACUUUUUGCUCUAAAAGAACAUAUUAAUUUCAUUUCCCAUGUGCAAAUGCAUAUACCGGUAGUUGCAAAAACAAGCCUUCACAUUAAUGACAAAACCCGACACUGAUUAUAUGUGAAUCAUUCACAUAAAAAGACCUGUUGGUUUAUUAGGCUGCUAGAUAAAUAGUUCAAUGUCAAACAGGUCUUGUCUGCAGCUAAAAAACUAACUGCACUGAUCUUUUAUCUGAAUUUAUGUUUUAAAAUCCCUAGAGAACAUUUUUGAUCCCCUUUUCUCCGAUCGUCUAACCUUUGAGGCAACAAGCUCCUGAAAGAGUUGGGAGUAAAUAAACAUCUGUGCUUAUGGCUUUGUCCCAUACAAAGAAAGUUACGGUUCACCAACUUUUCAUUUUUGUGUUCAGACUUAAUAUGGCAAUCUGUUAUAUUUCUGCAUAGGUCCAUGAGCGUUGUUUUGUUUACCAUUAAUACAUGUAUGUUGAUAUUUUAUGACUGCUCAUCAGACUGCCAUGUAAAAUUCUUGGUGUGCAUCCAGAAAAGAACAACUCGUCUGUGCCUUAGCUAUCUGAAUGUACCUGUGGGUUUGUGUUGUGAUGUAAAUCCUCCAAUGCAAAAUGGUGUACUUUGGAGAGAGUAUUCUUGGUUCCAUAUGUCACAUUUGUACCCCGUUAUUUGAAUUAAAAUGAAGCAAUUUGUGUUUUUGUGUGUUUUAAA